AAGAUUCAGUUCAGAAAUUCAAGCGAAAACAGGCUUGUGUAGUUCUUGGAAACAACUGGGAACUGAUAUGUCUGAAGCAGGACCGGCGUCGAAACAGCGAGGCAUUACAUGUAAUAGAAAAAUGAGAGGGAGGGUUAUACAAAACACCCACAUCAUGGCAGUCAGAAGAGACUCAACCCACAGCACAGAAGAAGGAAAGAACAUGCCAGAAGACAUUGAAGAAGCUCAUGUUCUUCACAUUUCUCCACAUGAGCAGACCCUGGACACAUAUACACAGCAAAGACACACAGAGGAAACUUAAAAAAUGGUUUCCCCAAUGGGAAUAGGAGGGACCUCCACACAAGGCUAUGAGUCCAUCAGAGCUUCCUCCAUCAUUAAAAAUCUGUAAUAAGACACCUGCCGCCACCACGACCGCCACCUGCUUUCUCCAGAUGUCCCAAGAUGGGUAGUGUCAGCAGUCUGAUAUCAGGCCAUAGCCUUCACAGCAAACACUGCAAAGCCUCUGAACACAAACUCAGAAAAGGGCUUCAUUCUAAGAAAGCGGGCCGUAGCUUAGAUGGCAUUCUGAAGUAUGGCUUCUCUCAGGACCAUUGCAGCACCAACAACAACUCAAAAGCCAACUAUCAUUCAGGCAAAAACGACGACUUCUUUUACAUCAAGGUCAGCAACAAACCCCGAGCUGGUGUCCGUAACAUAAACCCAGCUGAGGAGAGUCAAGAAACAUCAGCUGAGGUGGACAGGAACAGAGGGCCACCAGAAUUAGUGCCAGUGUCUGGGAAACUAGAAAAGAGCAUCGAGAAGGAUUUGAUCCGUCCCACUGCCUUCAUACCGGUCCUUCCUCGCAACAGCAGUUCCUCUGUGGAGACCCAUAACAGCCUAAGUACUAUCCUGGGCAGGAGAAUUAGUCCCACAGACAGACUCAAAGAUCUUCAAGACCCAAAGCAGGAGACAAAUUUUGGAACUUACUCGGACUCUGGAAGGAACUCGAUGUCGAGUCUUCCCACCCACAGCACCAGUGGCAGCAGUCAGAUGGACAACCUAAGCACUUCAACGGGCCACACGGUGCGCCAUGGAGGCCCGGUCAAUGAGGUGGAUACUGUUCAGAACUCACAGAGUUGUGUAGCAGGUGUAAAUGGAAACUCCAGUUGGAUGUGUAGUGGGACUAAUAUGAUCAGUGGAAACUGUUGGCUCAAUGGGAACAGUGACACAAACAAAAGUACUGAAUCCAAUAGGGCUAAUACGAGAUCCAUUGGAGUCCUAAGUGAAAACGCUGUGGCUGGAAUGGGUCUGAACAGGGAAAUAACUGCUGCGGGGUUGACACUCUCAUCCAUCGAACCAAGGCUCAAUUUCUCUGGAAGCCAAGAGGGGCUUAUGGAACACAGAUUUACGGUCCCGGAACCGACAUCUUCGGGCGGAUGCAUCCGAUCACCAAUUUCCACGGAUGAAUCACUGAUACAGCAGCUGGAGCGGAAACUUCUGGAUCGUGAAAGCGAGCUGGCGGACUUACAGACAAGCCUAGAAGAGAAAGAGUCAGACACAUGUCAGCUGUUUGAGGAGAAGCAACGCUACUGCGCCGAGGAGAUGGAGGGGCUGAAGCAACGCUGUUCCAUGAAGCUCCGUCAAGUGUCACAAAGGGCUUUGAAAUCCCAGCAGUUAUUGCAGCUGCAGGUGAUCCAGCUACAGCAGGAUAAGGAACGUCUACAGGAAGAGGUGGACCAUCUUAACCAUGACAGAGUCACGGCGGAAAGCCGUCUACGUACAUAUGAGACCCAGAAAAAACAUCUAGCACCCACGCUAGAAGAGACACAGUGGGAGGUGUGCCAGAAGUCAGGUGAGAUUUCAUUGCUAAAGCAGCAGCUCAGAGACUCCCAGGCUGAAGUCGGCAACAAACUGAAUGAGAUCGUCAGCCUUAAAGCUUCUCUCAGGGACUUCAAAAACAAAAUGGAAGAACUGGAGCAGAAAAACAAGGACCACGAGGAAGCUCUUCGCCAACGAUGUGCUGAGAUUGAGGUAUGCAGAAACGAGUUUCAAAGAAAGAAGAAUGAAGCUGACCUUCUCCGUGAAAAGGUGAACAACCUGGAAACAGACAUCAAGGGAAUGAAGCAGGACCUUGCCGUGGCCAAAGAGGAGCAACAGCAGCUAAUGACCAUGAGAGCCAAAGUGGAGGAGCAACAGCUGCAACUGAGGUUAAGCCAAGCCAGGAUGGAGGCCUUUGCCCUUGGUCAAGGCAAAAUUAGGACCCAGGAGGGAACGGGAGCUGGUAAAAUGCUGAAUCAGAACGGUGGCACAUCGGACAUUGAUACUCUACAAAAGGAGGUGGAACGGCUCAGGGGGGAAUUGAAAGAGGAGAAACAAAAGAAACAUAAGAUGAUGAAUAGCUUCCAGCAGGAGAGACAAACAUGGAAUAAAGAAAAAGAUAAAGUAAUCAGAUACCAAAAGCAGCUGCAGUACAAUUAUCUGCAGAUGUACAGAAAAAACAAAGACCUGGAGAAGAUCUUGAAGGAGCUGACGGCUGAAAUGGACAACAGGACAGAAAUGGACAUGGACAGCCCUGACCUGAACUUUGAGAAGAUUGUAGCAACGGCAAUAUGAGGUCAUUGUUUAGCAUCCUUUAUCACCUUUAUGGUCCAACAAACGUAAAUGUACUAGAACAAUGGCAAAAUGGGUCAUGGCAAAGCAGAAUUUAUGUACUUUGGAUCUUCAAAGCAAGAGUGCAGAUUUUGACAAAAUGGAAGAAGGGAAGGAUCAUCAAGAGUCAAAUAUCACUUGUACAAACCACUGAAACCUUUUCUUCUUUAAUAACUCACAUCAUUGAAAAUCUGAUGUUACUCAUGUGUGCUUCUAAGCAGGUUCCUGUUAAUCUGUGCAGACCCAACCAAAGGCUUUACCUCCCUUACACAUCCAAACUAUUUGCAUUUCCUGCCUAAACCUUAAGCAAUUAUACAGUCUCACUAUAGAGGGCAACAAAGAGUUGUGAAUGUUUUAUAUGCUGUAAUUGCUAUUUUUGCACUCAUUCUCUUUUAUAAUAUGAACGCUUGUCACCAAUGUCUUGGCAGACAGGCUUAUACAAAAUGUGUGUAGGGGGAUAUAUACAGUAGCUCAUGAUGUAAAGAAAAAGCACUGUUCACAAACCAAUCCACAUGCAUUCACACUGCAUACGCCACUAUGCACAGUCUAGUCAUUAAAUAUUCAUACAUAUUAAUUUCAUACAUCCUUAUAUAAGAAUGAGGACUUCAGCAAAUAAGUUACCAGUGGCUGGUUGCAUAAACUUCUAGGUCUUAACGUUUAGUCAUGUAUUUUUUUAUUCAAGACUGAUCAUAACUGUUACCUAAAAAGGUAGACUGGUCUAAUUUAAAUCCAAAAAGUAAGAUAGCCCUUACUAAUUGCCAGUAAGUCAGACUCUUUCUUAAAAAGCAGUCUUAACCUUACGGCUUUGUUUAUGCAACUGGCCACGUACUACAUUAUCUAAGCAACUAAACUAUCUUCAGCAACCUGUUAAAGUUUAAAAGUGGUUAAGACAGUAAAAUAACAGACCUCCGGUCAUUUGUGAUAGUUUUGUCAAAGCAUUGUUAGAAGAAUUAUAUGGAUUACAGUUUCAUGGUAACAUCCAAUUAAGUUAAUAUGAAUGAAGCUAGUUUAGUAUGCAAAACAAUUAAAAGCCAUCACUUAUCUACAAAUUCUAUACGAACAACAAUUUAGAUUAAUUGUAAAAAAAAAAACAGGAAAUCAAGUUACAUUAGUAAGUGGACUUCUUACUACAUAUCUAUGAAGAACAGACACAAUUUUGUUGUUUAAAAUCAUUUUCAUUUUUGCAAACUUGUAGCAUCAUAAUUAUUGACGUAACUUGCAUUGUGUCUUAACGGUAAACAUGUCCCAGCCAGAAGUGGACCUUACUUUCCCUUAAAAAUGGUAGAGAUGAAAAGUUGCAUAUAACAUUAUAUUACAUUUGCUUUUAGCGUGACAAUAGUAAUACUCUCUUAUACUCCAUACAAGUGGUAGUUCUGAAUUUUAAUUAAAUAUUACUUUAAAACUACAAAUUACUUAUCAGCAAUAAUGCCCACACAAAGAGAGUACAAACCAUAGACUGUAAAAAAAAAGAUGGACGUAGUGUCCGUGACGUCACCCAUUGGUUUCUGAAGAUCGUUUUUAAAGCCAAUAGUAGGCGGUGUCUGCCGUCGCCAUCUUGGCCGCGAGUCAUUCCGCAUCACUCAUGGAUAUCCGAAAAUGGGUAAAGAGGCGGGACGUGGAUGAAGCUGAAGUGGCAGGUUGCUGAAACCACGCCCGCCUAGCUCAACUCUAAUAACAGCAGUGGCUGUUCAACCGUCACUCAAGUGGCCACGCCCUUUAUUAUGCUGAACUUUCAGGCUUAAUAUAAUUUAAACGGAUGAGUUACAAAAUAUUCACGCCCCUCACAUUUGUCAUGAAGGGCAGAAUUAGCUACACAGACCAAGGCUGUAAACAUAUUUUUUUCUGCUCUAAAGAUGGGCAUUUUAACAUGGGGGUCUAUGGGAACUGACUCUCUUUUGGAGCCUGUCUCUUGUGGCCAGUCGAUGAAUUGCAGUUUAAAUCACUUCUCUAUUGGCUUCAUCAGGAGAGAUCGGAAGGUUGCCCUUUUGGUACAAACACAUAAAGUACAAAACAAGCAGAUCCUAGUGUUGAAACAGUGAUAAGUUCAUUUAGAGCACUUAAGCAGGGAGUAUAGUCUGUUUUUACCUGUACGUGAACAUAUGUGCACAGUCGAACGCACAGCCUUGUUUAUAUGACUCGUAUGUGUACUGUCAAUGCAAUGCAUCUUCUCGGCUACAUACUACAUUUUCCUGUAUGCGCAUGUGUGACCUACACAUACAAAUUAUGUGUGGUUAGCAGUGCAGGUACAGUGCGUGCCUACUAUUCUGAUGAGGAAAUUUGCAUCACGGGCACUGUACGUGGACCCUUGUGUAUGAGUAAAAACUUGACUAUAUCUAGCUUAACUUUACCAACAACACUGUACCAACAAAAUCUGAUUCAUUUAGUAUGGCACAUAGUGUGGCUGCUCUUAACAUAAACGCUCAAAAAGAAGACAUCUCUAAAAAAGACUGAUUAGACCAGUGUUUCAUCAUGCAAUAUUUUUCAAACAGCUGCCUUUUAUGUUAUCAUCCUUAGAGCUUCCAUGAGUCUUAAUUUGGUGAAAUUAAAAACUGAGGAUGGGUGGAUAAUCAUAUUUUUGAUGGUGAUGGGUGGUUUUGGGAUGUAAGAUUUGCAUUUGAAUACAUGUAUGUGUUGUAUAUUUCUUAUUUAUUUAUUUUGAUUAAAUAAAUGAAGUUUUUCAGUA